UAUUCGCCUCCUCUCCCUCUUUCUCAGCCACUAACCAUGGCGUCCCUGCUCGCCAACGGCAUCUCCUCCGCCCGCUUCGCCGCCUCAUCCCCCUCCGAUUCCCCACGAUUCUCAAAUGGGUUCGCCCCAGGACCGACGCCCUCAAGCCCUCGAGCCGCACCGGCCGGCGGCGGGCGGCGGCGGCGUCCGCCUCCGGGUCCGCGCCGACGUGGGCUACGAGACGCGGCGGCCCGACCCAGGUAGCCCCUCCACGUCCGCCGCCGCCGCCGCCGUCGCCCCGGCGGCCCCCAGCUACGACGAGAAGAUCGCCCAGAUCCUGAGCUUCAACGAUUACGACGAGAAGUACGGGUUCAACGUGGAUAUCGAUUCGUUCUCGAUCCCGAAGGGUCUUUCUCGGGAGACGGUGCGGCUGAUUUCGCAGCUCAAGGAGGAGCCCGAGUGGAUGCUCGAGUUCAGGCUGAGCGCCUUCGAGAAGUUCUUGAAGAUGAAGGAGCCCAAGUGGUCGGACAACGCGUACCCGUCGAUCGAUUUCCAGGACGUCUGCUACUACUCGGCUCCCAAGAAGAAGCCCGCCUUGAAUAGCCUCGACGAGGCCGACCCGGAGCUGGUCAAGUACUUCGACAGGCUGGGCAUCCCUCUGAACGAGCGGAACCGGCUCGCCAACGUCGCCGUCGACGCGGUGCUCGACAGCGUCUCCAUCGCGACCACCCACAGGGAGACGCUGCACAAGGCCGGCGUGAUCUUCUGCUCGAUAUCCGAGGCGAUUAAGGAGUACCCGGAUCUCGUGAGGAAGUAUCUGGGGAGAGUCGUGCCGAGUGAGGAUAAUUACUAUGCUGCUUUGAAUUCUGCGGUGUUUAGUGAUGGGUCGUUUUGUUAUAUACCGAAGGACACCAAGUGCCCGAUGCAGAUUUCGACUUAUUUUAGGAUAAACGCGAUGGAGACCGGGCAAUUCGAGAGGACUCUGAUAGUGGCGGAGGACCGGAGUUUCGUGGAGUAUCUGGAGGGGUGCACCGCCCCGUCUUAUGAUCGGAAUCAGCUACAUGCUGCUGUGGUCGAGUUGUAUUGUGCCGAAGGCGCGGAGAUCAAGUACUCCACGGUGCAGAACUGGUAUGCUGGGGAUGAGGACGGGAAAGGAGGGAUCUACAAUUUUGUCACGAAGAGGGGCCUUUGCGCAGGAAACCGCUCGAAGAUUUCUUGGACACAGGUGGAGACAGGGUCUGCCAUUACUUGGAAGUACCCGAGUGUAGUUUUGGAGGGCGAUGAUACUGUGGGAGAGUUCUAUUCGGUAGCGUUGACGAAUAAUCAUCAACAGGCAGAUACAGGAACAAAGAUGAUACAUAAGGGGAAGAAUACCCGAAGUAGGAUUAUUUCGAAGGGUAUUUCGGCUGGAUUCUCUAGAAAUUGCUAUAGGGGGCUUGUUCAGGUCCAGUCGAAGGCGGAAAAUGCUCGAAAUUCUUCGCAAUGUGAUUCCAUGCUCAUUGGUGACAAAGCUGCUGCCAACACCUAUCCCUAUAUCCAGGUGAAAAAUCCCACUGCUCGCAUCGAGCAUGAGGCGAGUACCUCAAAGAUCGGUGAGGACCAGCUAUUCUACUUCCAGCAGAGGGGGAUCGACUAUGAGAAAGCUAUGGCUGCCAUGAUCUCCGGGUUCUGCCGCGACGUGUUCAACGAGCUCCCCGACGAGUUCGGUGCCGAGGUGCAUCAGCUCAUGAGCUUGAAGCUCGAGGGAUCAGUGGGUUAGGAGGCAAAGUUCUUCUUGUCUUGUAAAUUUAGGCUGUAACUGUUACUUACAUAUAGAUUCUGCAUGUAAAAAUCACCUAUGUGAUCCUCAAGUGUCUGUGAGCUUCGGCAAGCUUCUUUGACACGGGUUAAUAAUGUAAAUGCACCAUCUAUGUAGCACGGUCACAAUAAUUUUGAAUCAAAAUGGUUUUCCAAAGUUGUUGUUGGGUC